AUGGCGUCCACCAGCUCCCCUCGGGGACGCUCUACAAGGCAAUCGCGGCCAGUUCGCUCGAAUCGCACCCAGGUGCGCUCCUACAAUGAAGACAGCGGACCGGAAGAAUCUUUGGAUGAAGACAGCGCGACCGACUAUCAAAGGCCCCGACGCCUGUCGCUUUCCUUGCGACCACGAGAUUCGAAUCGCAUUCCGAGAUCGUACCGUGAGGAGUCGACAGAUGAUGACUUUGACAACGCUGGGGACGAAGGUCUUGAUGAUUCUCUUGACCAAACCUAUCCUCAUCUCGGUACCACUUCACAGACCAUGCCUACAACACAACUGACGCCCACUCGCGCCCGUCGCAGACAGUCCGUGAAAACCAGGUCCCAGACACGCAGGGCAAAGAGGACUCCAACAAAGAGGCGCUUAGAACUAGGAAGGCCCCUCAACAAGAAGAGGAAGGCGGAAGAAACGGAUGCUCCGUUUGUUAGUUCAGGAGUCAUUCCCCCAUGGCAGACUCUCCCGUACCAUAUACUAUUCGACAUUUUCCUCCGUGCCUCUUACCCGCUUGUGAAUGAAAGAGAAUUGAAGAGAAACAACGCGGCGAAUUGGCUUGUAAAUGUUGCCCUUUUAUGUCGCAACUUUCAUGAGCCGGCGCUAGCAGCACUCUACCACUCUGUGCCUUUGAUACCUGCGCCCAAGUCUCAUGGCCUGUUAAGUCUUCUUGUCAAACCUCAAGAGUCGAUGUCUACCAAUUAUGUCAACAAGAUCAAGGAGUUACAUGUCGAUGUGGAAGCCCUUCUAGUUUACAAAAGCGGUCCCACCUUAGGAUACUUCGACCUACCGGCUUUAGUCGAGAAUACGCCCCAGGUCAAUGUCCUGAGGCUUUACCACAGGGACGAUUUAAUUGUUGGCCUUCCUUCGUCUUUUUCAAGAUGGACCUAUCCUGAGGGUCUUUUUGCGUCUAUCAAAUCGAGUUCGCUCCGACUUCGCAGUUGGGACUGGAAUGCUCGUUUCAUGAACACACAAACUCUGCUUCCGCUCAUUCUAGAAAGCCAUAACCAGGCUUCGUUCAAGUCUAUUCGUGAUCUCAGGAUACUGCGUAUGUCUGCGGAGGAUCCCGAUGGCAGUGACCAGGUUGAAGGGAUGUCUGACCACAGAGAGGAUGUUUUGGCUGCUGCUCUCCAAGAGCUUCCCAAUCUGCGCCGUCUUGAGUUUUCGGAGACCACCAUCCUAAAUGACCAUCUUUUACCGAAACUACCCUUGAACCUGAAAUCCCUCACCAUAAGCAACUGUGAUGAUGUAACAACGGCCAAUUUUAGCCUCUUUCUUAGCACUCAUGGUCAUGGACUGAGGGAAUUGAACCUCAGCCACAACCGUCAUUUGAGCCUUUCCUUCGUUGUUGAUCUCAAGGAGCUUUGCCAGAACUUGGAAAAGUUUACCAUGGACAUUUCGAUAUACGACUGGUCGUCAUAUCAUGACAUUGAACCUCAUUUCGAUGAGCUGCUUUCCCCUUCAGAAAUUCCAACAUGGCCCGACACCCUGCAACAUCUAGAAUUAAUUCAGCUGCGCAGGUGGAAGGAAAGCACAGCCGAAGCCUUUUUCGCGUCCCUCAUUGACGCCGCACCGGAGCUUCAUAAUCUACGAAAACUCGUGAUUAGCGCGAUUCUCAAGACCGGAUGGCGUGACCGCGCCUCUUUCCGCGAAAGGUGGAUUGGCAAGCUCGAGAAGGUCUUCCUGCGGCGAGAUGCGCCACCCAACCCGGACCUUUGCACUAUCGCGCGGAAUCCGGAAAAUCAGGAUCCAGACAAACCAACUGGAGGCUCACAACCAAACGAGGUCGAAUCAUCCUCGCCAUCGAAGCGGAAAAGCGCGCGGAUUGCCAGCCUCAGGCAUUCCGAUGGUGAAGGUUCCCAGUCCCCAUCGCCUAGAAACCGUCGGUCGAAUGGGCAUGACAGUGACUCUGAUCCGUCCAUGACUCAAGGCAUGUGUGAUGUUGUGGAAAUCCGAAUCGACAAUCAGCGCCCGAGGGAAACACAGUUUAAUGAGCAGGAUUUCUUGGACGAUGAACUGAGCGGGGACGAAGAUUGGACUGGACACGAUGUUGAUAUGGGUGGCGGUGGCCAUGCUUGGUAA